GCGCGAUGAUUAGUCUUCUACGAUCGGUUUGUGAGUCCGGUUGUCGAUACAGGCGCAUUCGUACUUUCUCUUCCUUCCUAUUCCUUCCAAUUCAAUCCGUUGCUUAUUUUGUGUCAAAUCGCGCCGAAUCGCAAAAGGUACGACAAACAUACGUUGAUGCACGCAUUUACGAAAUUGUGAGGAAUCGAAAUUUCGAAAUAUCUAUAGGAUUGGCGUAACACUUCAUCGCUAGCGCAAGUGCGAGGUGCGACUGGAAGUUUUACAACUACUUCUUUUUUCAGUUAUCCACGACACGUUGUGAAAAUAUUACUUUCACGAUGUCCACCGCCAAGGAAUUGAUAGCGGAUUUGCCGAAGGGACCGCUGGAUGCAUACAGGAAACGAGCAACGUUUGACUGGAAAUCAUUUAAGUUGACUUUAGAGGGAAAAGAUCGCGUGCUGUAUCAGAAAAACGUAUGGAAAGUUAUCAAGAACCACCCAGCAUUUCAAAGGCUAACGGACCCAACGAGUUUAGAUGAAAUAAGAAGGCGUUGUAACAGUCAGAUGCGUGCACUUCUUGAAAAUGGCACAAAUCUAACAGAUGGUGAGAUUGCCUAUUGCAUUUAUCAAUACGAUGGGUCGAUAGGGAUAAAAGGGGGUAUUACCUUAGGAAUGGUACCAACUAAUAUAUUCUUCCUGGGAACCGAUCAACAUUUACCUCUCAUAACAGAAUUUUACAGUGGAAAUUAUAUCGGUUGUUUUGCGAUGACUGAAAUUUCUCAUGGAACCAAUGUGAAAGGCAUGCGAACUAGAGCAACAUAUGACGUAGCAACGAAAAGUUUUAUCUUUCAUACACCUGAUUUUGAGGCUGCAAAAUGUUGGGUGGGUGGUUUAGGAAAAUGUGCAACACACGCCAUCGUAUUUGCACAGCUAAUUACACCGGAUGGAGUAAACCGUGGCCUACACGUUUUCAUCGUGCCAAUUCGCGAUCCCAAAACUCAUCUACCUUUUCCUGGUGUCACUGUUGGUGAUAUGGGUGAAAAAAUAGGCCUUAAUGGAAUAGACAAUGGAUUUCUAAUAUUUAAUAAUUACUCUGUACCACGUAGCUGCCUGUUAAAUCGCAACGCGGAUGUCAGCGAAGAUGGAAAGUAUGUCCCCACUAUAAAGGAUGAACGAAAAAGAUAUGGCUCGUUUUUGGAUGGACUUACAAUAAGUCGUGUAAGCAUUACUACGAUAUGUGCUCAUUAUAUGACCAUUGCAAUAACGAUUGCCAUACGUUACUCCGCAGUUAGAAAACAAUUUGGCCCUACAGAGGAUAAGGAAUUACCGGUUAUAGAAUAUCAAACGCAACAAUGGCGAAUUAUUCCUCAUUUAGCCGAAACAUACGCAGUAAAAAUAUUUGCGAUGGCAUUGCACCAAAAAAAUCUCGAUUUUACGCCGAUAAGCCGCCGUCAGGAUAAAAAUAAAGAUUUAAAUGCUGAUACAGUAAUGGAGAUACACGCGUUAUCUUGUGCAACAAAGCCAUUGUGUGCAUGGAUUGCUCGUGACGCGAUUCAGGAUUGCAGAGAAUCUUGUGGUGGGCAUGGGUACUUAAAAAUGUCACGUUUGGGUGACAUCAGAGCUCAAAAUGAUGCAAAUUGUACGUAUGAGGGCGAAAACAACGUACUUAUUCAACAAGCAAGUAAUUGGUUGUUAAAUCAAUGGGCUGCUGUGAUUAAAGGAGAACCUGUCAUAUCACCGCUUGGUUCUGCCGAUUUUCUUGUAAACGCAGAACAAAUACUUAGCACUAAAUUUAAUCAAACUACAGUGGAAGGUGUACUGAAGCCCGAAAAUUUGCUCUUAGUUUUUAAAUGGCUGGUUUGUUAUUAUUUGAAUAAGACAUAUCGACGUAUGAUGGAACUUAAAUCAAGCGGAAUGUCUGAUUUUGAUGUACGAAAUAAUAUCCAAACGUUUCUAGCACGAACAUUGUCUCUGGUAUAUGCAGAGCAUGUACUAAUGCUAUAUUUUAUCAAAUGUAUACAAGAUCCAAAAUGGAAACCAAACGAAAAAGAAGUACUGACAAAAUUGUGUUCUUUAUUCGGAGCGGUAACAUUGGAGAAGAGAUUGGGAGAUUUAUAUGGCGGUGGUUAUGCUUCCUCUAACAGUAACAUAGAUGAUCUUUUGCGGGAGGGAAUUAUAAUUCUGUGCAGAGACUUAGUCGACAAUGCUGUUGCUUUAGUUGACGUAUUGGCACCACCAGACUUUGUCCUUAAUUCUGCUCUAGGAAUGUCGGAUGGCGAGGUGUACAAACACAUGAAGGAGUGGAUGUUCGAAAACAAAGAAAACUUUGAACGUCCAUCGUGGUGGAAUGAAAUCCGGUCUAAAUUGUAAUAUUACAAUCAGGGACGAAUUGACAAAUUUGCUGUCUUUAGGGCGUUUGUACACUACCGCCUCUCUUCCUUUUCACAUUAAACGGAUUGUUCAUUAAUUAUGUACAUCAUUGCAAUAGGCAGAUUUGAUACAGAUUUAUGAAUUUAUUUUAUUUUUGAGUUCUUUUUGCGGCACGAUCCUCAUUAUCUCUUCUCGAAAAACUUUUCAAUUUAUUUUACUUUGUAUAGUAUAAUGUAUAAAAUGUGAUGUAUAUGUGAAAUUUUUCUUAGAAAACGUUUUACUUUAAUAUACAUAUGAUUUCGAAUUUAUACAAUAAAUUUUUGGUUCUAAAGAUUUUAUUUAAUAAUUUUUCUUUUUUUAAGUAAAUAAUUUUUUGCUCAUUUUGCCGCCCCUCAAAAUAUGGCACCCUAGGUCGGCCUUGUGGGUAAUAUGGCUUUGAUUACAAUUAACUAUGAGAAAAUAUUUCCAUUACAGUACACACAUACACACACGCACACACACACACAGAAUCUUCAAUGAAUUAACGUAUAGCCCGCGAAAACUUUUUUGGAUUGACAGCAUAAGAAUUCCAUAAUUUUAAAUCCACUUCAUGGACUAACCCAUGGAUUAACCCUCAGCGUACACGCUAUACUGGAUUCAAUAUCUUGCUACACAUGGGUGUACGGUAACCGGAUCAUUUUCAGUUGUGUAUUUCUCGAUAUCUAAUACAUGGAAUUUGAACAAUUUUUUUUUUAAAUUGAUACGCCAGAAAGUUAGGAAAAAGAAUUAAUAAAUGUGAGAAUUGAGAAAUUGAAUAUAUUUGCAAUAUUCAGGAGAGAUAGAAACGUAGUCGCGAAAAAAAACGGUCUGUUUUUAAUUCCUUGUUUCGAAAGCAAACUCUUUAGAGAAAUUUUUCCAACGGAUUUUGAAAGGUAAUAGAAUGUACUUUAAGAAAAAAUAUUGUUAUUUCAAUUGUUUUCAAAAAGUACGUUUAUUCUGUAAGAUGAAGUUAGGUGAUUCUUUAGCAUAAGCAAACAUGAAUUGGAUAGAAUGAAUCAUUCGUUUUUUAUUAUAAAACUCGAUAAAACAAAAAAAUAUAUACACUUUAAUAUAUUUUAUUAUUAUUAAUCACACGAAACAUUUGCAACAAAUUUUUGCUGUAUGAUACUUACACACUGGUUUGUCACAUUUUAAACAUUUAUACAUAGUUUUUCGAUCAAAGGUAGAUGGACAUAAUAAUUAUCUUUUUGGUUUAGCCAUUUUAUUGUCUGCCAACAAAUUACGAGAAUCUUGAUCUUCCAGAAUAUCUGUGUAAUCUACAAAACUGUUUCAUUUUCAUAAACAGCUGCACUUUUUAUACACGCGAUCUGACUACUUUCUGCUACUCUUUGCUCUAUUUAUUUAUAGUCUUGUAUAAUUCACGACGUGGACUCCAUGGCACGUGCGAGAUUCAAUUUAAUUAAUAUAAUUAUUGACUGACGCACUCAGUUUUUAUAGCAAAAAUCGGUGUGACUAAAGUUCCCAUCUACCUAUUAAUGCAGUAUCAAUUAACACCUCAUCCGUGUCGACAGUUUAGUUUUAUAACCAGUUUUAUACCAUCUCACGGUGCAUACGGUCUUAACAGAAUUUUAUUAUUGAAAGGUUUCGCGAAAACAAAAGGAAGACACGCGAUGUCCACGAUGUCCACCACCAGAGACUUGAUAGCAGAUUUGCCGAAGGGACCGCUGGAUGCGUACAGGAAACGAGCGACGUUCGAUUGGAAAUCGUUCAAGUUGGCUUUAGAUGGAGAAGAAUGCGUACGGUAUCAG